UCUAAAAAGUUGGCAGCACUAGAACGAAACGACACAAACAACCCUGUACAUUUUAAUCCAGCUGCAGCCGCCGACGCAAACAGACACAAAAAAAGGGCAAACAAAGAGAGAAUACGGUGAAGAUUUUAUAUUUUUAUACCACGCCAAAAAACAGAGACCGGAAAAGAAAGAUGACUGAUUUGCGCAACGAAAUGGACAGCGACUUGGAUCAAAACUAUUCGCUGAACAGCAAUGCGGACCCAAAGAAUAUGCAGGAGUUGACGAUUUACGUACAAAAUCUUUUGCAGAACGUUCAAGACAAAUUCCAAACGAUGUCGGAUCAAAUUAUCACACGUAUCGAUGAUAUGGGAAACCGUAUCGAUGAUUUGGAGAAAAGUAUUGCCGAUCUGAUGAAUCAGGCGGGCGUCGAGGGACCGGUACCUGAGAAAUGAGAAUCGAUUCGAGAUCUCUCGAUUCCCUCUCUCUCCACGCGGAUAAUGCCAAAGUAAAGCGCGAGCAUCGGAUAUCAGUGCAAGUGCCACGCCCAUAAUGAUGGCAGGAAGCAUCCCACAUAACGCAUAAACAUCGAACACACACCUCCCCUCACACACACACCAACACAACCAUUUUACUAGACUAUUACAAGUUCCAGAAUCACGUUCAUAAAUCCCCAUGCACCACAAAGCAAUUGCUCUCAAACGGUAAACACAACCACAUUUUGCUCAUUUCUUGCAUAGUUUUAAGUUUCUUAAAAAAAUAACACAAAAUUAAUGUAAGUGCAUUUUUAAAAACACUUUUU